AUGGGCCUCUUCGCUCCCGAAAAGGUCUGGAUGAAGGUCACGGCCAAGAACGGCGCCAUCGUGCGCGAGACGCAGGGCAUGACGAGCGAGGUCGUCACGGAGCUCGCCUGCGGCACGCUCGUCGUCGUCGACCGCCACGUGAUCAUCAAGCACAAGAACAAGGACAUCAAGCGCGUCAAGAUCACGGUGCCCAACGAGGGCUGGAUGUCGGCCAAGAGCCUGCGCGUGUCCGAGGAGAAGCACGGCGCCGGCGCGGCCAAGCCCAAGGCCGGCGGGCGCAAGCCCUGCGCGGACCCGGACGACGAGAACGUGGCCCUCAUGAAGGAGCUCCACGCGCGGAAGCGCGCGCAGGCCAAGGAGCGCGACGCGCACCUGAGCGACGCGGACGUCGUCGCGCGCGUGUCGAAGGCGCUCGCGGCGUCGGCCGGCGGCGCGGACGUCGCGUCGCGGACGGCGAUCGCGGGCAACCGGAACGAGCCCGCCAAGGCCGUCGUGCUGGGCUACUUCGGCGCGCGCGUCGACCUCCUGACGGCCUUUGCGUCCCACUGGCGCGACCGGCGCUUCGGCGUCCUGACGUACGUGCCGUCGCCGGGCGACGACUACGACGAGCGGCGCGAGUACGUCGCGGACUACGUCAGAGGCGCGGACCGCGUCGUCUUCCACGCGUUGAGCAACAACGGCUACGCCUUCCUCAACCACCUCUUCCGGGACGAGCAGUUCGCCGAGGCCCUGAAGGGCCGGGCCUUCGUCGUGCUCGACUCGUGCCCCGAGGUGCCCAAGGCGGAGGACGGCUACCGCGCGACGGUCGUCCGCGCGGUGACGGCCAUGGUCUGCCAGGCCAACGACGAGGCGCCGGACGCCAAGCACCCGCGCUACCACCCGGAGGUGGCCAAGCAGCUCGCGACGUUCCCCGUCCAGGGCCACGCGCUCGGCGGCGACGCGAUCCCGCGGUGGGUCCCGCUCCUCGUCGUCUACUCGGAGGCCGACGCCGUCAUCGCCCACGGCGAGAUCGACGCCUACGUGGAUUCGCGCGACGACGCGACGGGCAUUUUGAAGUUCUCGGACACGCCCCACGUCACGGGCUUCGCGCUCCGCCCGCGGCGCUACGCGGCGUCGCUCGACAACCUGCUCAACGGCUUCUACAUCCCCCCCAAGGCCAAGCCCCUCUACUUCGCCAACACGCGACUGGGCCUCCGGCGCGCGAACACCUACGCCAACGGCGAGGCGAGCCACGACCACCACGACCAGGGCGGCGACGGCGGCGGCAUCAACUUCUACGACGGCACGAGCGCGCAGCCGACCAUGUCCAUGGGGCCCGGCGGCACGACGGCCGUCGGCGGCGGCAUCAGCGGCGGCCACCCGGUCCUCAGCGGCGGCGGCCUCGGCCCGAACUCGGGCGUCCAAAACCCCUUCGAGGGCCGCGGCAACGUCCAGCAGCUCCCCGGCGGCAAGGGCUUCGUCAUGAGCCGCUAG